ACACCCUGUAGUUAAUCUGCGGUUAUUUUUUAGUGCAAUGUUUCAGACUACGUCCAGGGUAUAUAACUCAUCAACACUAUAACCUUUCGACUUAUUUUAACCUGUUUGUACCUUCAACACCUGCGAGAAAGACACCGAAAGUAUGGCCAGUGGUUUUCCUGCUAUGGCUCAUCUACAUAUACUGGCCUAUUUCAUCUGUGCUUUCAGUUUAGUUGCAGGACAGUCUCCAAUAUAUGCACUCAAGGGGCAAGAGGUCAACAUUAUAACAUCCACCUCCAGACAACCUGAUGAAAUUCUGUGGAAACAUAACGGCAACAAAGUGGUAGAGUUUAAUGGCCAGGAGCAGCAGGUGUACCCCCCGUAUGAAAACAGGCUGACCCUUGACUGGCAUACUGCAGAGCUCAAUAUCAAUGAACUCACAUUUGAAGACAGUGGAAGCUAUGAGUUGGAAACAGUAUUAAAGAAAGACUUCAAACGUUCAUUUUACAAGUUGGAGGUUAUAGACAAAGUUACCAAGCCCACCAUAUCGUGUCAGAUGAUCAACGCUACCCAGGCAACGCUGAUGUGCUCUGCAGAGUCCAGCCGCCCUCAAUCCUUGGUGAAGAUUGAAUGGAGUUCACAUGGAAUCGUGCAGCCUGGCCCAAACUUAACAAUAUCUCUGGAGGACAAUACUGAAGUAUACAGUUGUGGUGCGAGCAACCCUCUGACUAAAGACACAGCCACGUUCACUGCAACGGAUUGCCACCCUGUCGCAGACAAAAUUUCUUCUGCAGGAGUGAUUGUCGGCUCCAUCUUUGCAAUUCUUAUUGUAUUGGUGCUCCUGGUCCUUUGCUUCAUGUUCCGCAGAAAACUUAUUGAAGAGUCAUGUAAGAAUGAAUCUCCAGAUGAGGAAAGUCGUAGUUUCCUUGACAGAGCACCCACACUUCCCUCUAAUCAGAAACUUCGCCAACCGAACCAAAGCCGUAUGAACCCUAAUGACUAUGUUGAACACAAGGAAGUCAAAAACUCAGAUCUGAAUAACGGAGAAGGCUACAUGUAG